CAAUUAUUGACCGUUGGAUGCAAGCUACAGUUUAGGAUGGCAUGGGUUGCAUUAGUAAUAAGCGCAAGUUUAUUGCUGCUUGUGCAAGCAGUUGACUAUGAGUUCAGCAUUGUGGAGAAUACUGGAAACAAUCAAUUGGUUGGUCAGAUACAAGUACCUGCAGAUCCAACUGACUUCAGUUUUGAAGGCCCUAGUGGAGAGCAUUGCAAUCUAUUCUUCACUAUUGAUGACUCUGGGAGCAUAAGAACUACAAAAGACAUCGACAGAGAGGCUGUUGUACAAACGACAGGGUCCGAUGUUCUACGGUGCAUUGUAGCCUACAAUACCCAAACAGAAACAAUCAUCAUAACAAUUUUGGAUGUGAAUGACAAUGUACCUCGAUUCUUUGAACUUCAGCAGCCACAAAUGCAGACAUUAUCAGAGAAUGCUGCACCUAACCAAGAAAUUCUCAGACUUGAACCUGUCGAUGAAGAUCGUGAUCAAAACGGUACAACGACAUUUGAAAUAACCAAUGGUAACGAAGCAGGUUAUUUCAGCAUUCAAGUUCCCCUUGGUUCAGUUCCCAACUCCCCUUCCAGGAUUCUAGUACUUGAGAAUAGCCUGACUUCUGGUGCCGCAAACACUCGCUUCAACCUGACUGUAACCAUCAGGGACAUGGGAGACAUUCCUCAGAUUUUCAAUCAACUGAUCAUUUUAGACAUUAUUGACUUGCCAGACGAGCCACCAACAUUUCCUGUUACUAGUGUUGUGUACAAUGAACGUGAGGACCAUCCGGUGGGUAGCCAGUUCCCUUUCGCAAACAUAACGGCCAGUAAUGUGGACCAAGUGCACGGUGACAUAUUCUACAGUGUCGAUACAGCAGAUGGAAAUAGCGAUUUUGAUAUAGGAAAGUUUAUAUCGGUGAACAAUUUGACAGGGGAGAUGUAUUUGAAUCAGUUGUUGGAUUAUGAGGAUCGACAACAAAUUGAAUUCAGAAUCGUUGCCACAAAUCCCAGUAGCAAUGCAAAUGAUAACGUUUUUGUUACUCUAAAUAUCGAAGAUGUCAAUGAUAAUAAUCCGUAUUGCAUUAACUGUCAAUCUUUCAAGACUUUUAGUUUUGUGGAGAAUAGUAUCUUUAUAGUCCCCAUCAUCGCUGUUCAAGAUAAUGACGAUUCCUCUGAGUUUAGAAGUAUUCAACAACACGUACGCAUAUCCUCGUCUGAUUCAGAUAUGCAGAACAUGUUUAACUAUACUGUUACAAAUCCUACCUUUCCGUCAUUAAGUUUUAUUAAACUGACGAUUCCACCACUGGACAGAGAACAAACACCCAAUUUCACCAUUGAACUGACAUUUUUCAAUGAUGCUGAACCAUUUCUGAACGGAUCAGCCACAAUAUCUGUCACAGUACUGGACAUUAAUGACAACAGUCCUCACUUCCUUCAAGACAGCUUCUCUCUACGGAUAGCAGAAGGUGCUCCGGUUGGCAAAGAAGUUUCAAUACUGCAAGCCAUCGACGAAGAUGAGGGAAGGAAUGGCACAAUCACAUACACUCUCGAAAGCGUAGACCAUCCCUCAGCACAAGACUGGUUUCAUCUUUCCCCAACUAAUGGAACUCUCAGUAUCGCCUCAUCUGCCAUAGACUACACUGCUGUCUCGGGGGGAAGGGUACAACUAAACAUCUCAGCUACUGAUAAUAGCGAUGAAAGACUGGCCGCUUUUGCUGAAGUGAUAGUGGACAUAUCACCAACUCUGACUUUCUCACCAAAUUCUUAUGUCGAGUACGAACAUUUUAACAUUGUAAACAGUGACAGCUACUCAGUUUAUCUAGAGCUACGGACCAAGCGAUCGGAAGGCUUGAUUCUCUUUCAGCUAGGAGAGGCCGGAGAGGUUGUACUACUGGAGUUAGUGGAGGGACGAUUACGAUUCCAACAUGGAUCAAGCACGGAUGAAACUAGUGACCUACUUGUGUCUGAUGAUCGAUGGUACUCUGUGCUACUGCAAAGACAAGAUGAGGUCUCAUUGCAAGUUUGGGAAACACAAGCUGAAACUGAACUGGUGGAGGAGACACUAUUUGGAGCAACACUGUUUGGGUGUGAGGAGGUGGCACUGGAGAAUCCAUCAACAGCUGGUAGUCUCUUUAUCGGAGGAGUUAACCUCUUCUCAUUGGACGACAGUGUUCGUCUCAGAGCCACAGAGUUUGUGGGUACAAUCAGAAGUGUCCUCAUUAACAGCACGCAAAUUGACUUGGGCUGCCCAACAGAUAAAGUCAACAUUAUGGAAGGUUUCCACUACUCUGGAUCCAAUGCUUGCAACACUGAGCAGUGCGAGAACGACCAUACUGCCGGCUGCGUGGACUUUGCCCCCCAGCCGUAUUGCAAGUGUAUAGGAGGAUUCCCCCCAGCGUCAUGUCAGCCCCUCCCCAAUCCUGACCUAACAAUUGAUGGAUCAGAAGACAGCUAUGCACCUAUUCGUUUUCGUGGUGAUGCCAGAGCAGACCUUCAACUGGACUACUCUUUCUUCUCUGAUCUAGAGGCUCAAAGGAGACAGGCUGCCAACACUGAGGUCACUACUAACACAAAUACUCGGAGGAGCAAGAGAGCAGCUCAACUCAAUGGAACUGUCCAAGUAAUUCAAAUCAGUUUCAAGCUGGUAGAUGUUCGCAGCAGUGUCCUGCUCUACUCUAAGACUGCAACGACCAUACACAUCCUUGAGAUCAAUGGAGUCAAUGAAGACACACAUGCUAUCAUUUACACAGCAACUGAUCGAAGUUCAAAUAUGAACAAAAUUUACAUACCUGUUCCGUUGAAGCUAAAAAAUAUGACUCUGUAUAAUGUCACAGUUACCAUCACCAAAAACAACGCAUUUGUAUCCGUUAAAGAAAAUGGCAAAGACGAAAUAACUAGAGCUGCUAGUUGGGUAAAUAACAUUUACGCUGCUUUUGUCGAGCAACCCUCCACUGUACUGAGUAUUGGUGGGUCCAAUUCGGAGAAUGGACAAGGAUAUUUAGAGGGAUGCAUCCGCCGUGUUGCCAUUGAUACAAUUGAGAUCCCUCUCACUGGUUUAUUGGCUCUCUCUCCGGAAGAUGGUGGCUUUAUGGCCAGUACAAUGGCACCCGAGAUGUACUGUGAACUCUGUGACCUUACGUCAUGCUUGAAUAACUCUGAAUGUGUCCGAGCUGCUAUAGGUGAACCCACUUGUGCCUGCCAAACAGGAUACGAGAUUAUCAAUGCUCAAUGUGUACCAUCUCCUACUGAAGUACCAACUGGCGGACUUGCUACUACUACGUCUAACAAUACUACCUACAUCAUCGCUGGAUCAGUGGGUGCAGGAUUGCUCAUUAUGGCGAUUGUAUUGGUCAUUGUACUCUGUAGAUGUUGUAAGAAGAGGGAAAGACAGAAGAGAACGUAUUCAGUGAGCAAUAUGGAUAUUGCAGGCAGUGUCACCAGCUCUAAGCCAAACCAGUAUGUGCACAUGCAACCUAGAGACAAUAACAAUUCGAUUAUGACAACACUGAGUGGCACAGUCAAUGGAGCUCCUCGCCACGACAGGGGAAGCAGUGUCAGCACAUUUCAGGAACAUGCUGAAGACGGAGAUCCAGAAGUAGAAACUCCUCGACGAUUCUCAAGACGCAAAUCCACUGGUAGUGCUGAGAGUGGGAUUCGAACGGAUACAGACCAAGAGAUUAGUCUGCGAAGCAUACCACGAAUGGAAGACUCUGGUAACGAAAAAGACACCGACUAUUCUGAAAGUGACUCUGGAUCGGAUGAUCUCAGUAGCUGUUUUGUGCAGUCUCCCAUCGGUAUUCAGCUUCAACUGGUCAGCUCUGCCAACUCUAUGACGAUGGGCAGCACUGUAUCAUCCCCCCACCCACUCACACCCAAGGAGCGGAAAAUGAUCAUACCGCUAAGGCCACCGAGUACUGCCCUCAGUGCCAGCGAAUUUGAAGACGGCAAUCACCACGACGAUGAUGACACGGACGUGGAAAUGGCAUACCCGUACAGCCACCACACUCUUCCAAGUUCACUCUCCCGUAACAGUUCCACACGACAUAGUGGUCGCGGUCGCUAUGGCUCCGAUGGUGGGGAGAUGUCUCGAGUGGAAUCUGCUUGCAGUGGAGGGAAAUGGUACAAGGCUAGCACUGCCUCUGAUACCGAGAGGGAGAGAGAGAGAUCGCGAGCUAAUAAAGCAUUUUUCGCACAACGCUCCGAGCCUGGAAGGUACCCCAUCCCACCAGAGUACCUAUCACCUCCAACAUUUGAACCAAAAACUGAGUUGUAUCCGAACCAAAGGAGGUCAAGAAUGCCUAUCAGUAUUGCCGAAUCACCCGUGUCCAGAAACAGCAAACGAGAGGCGUACCAAUUCCCAUACGAGCAGUCUCGAGUCCAAGACCCACGAGUCCAACACCCACGAUUGCAAGACCCACGAUUGAAAUAUGACAAUCAUCGCCUGAGGCACGAGUACAGUCUCCCCAAGGGCCACCCCUCCGUUGCCUUAUCCUCUGCCUCCUCUAGCAGUGGUAGGCCGAGACACAACGCAGACGCCAUGCUAGCAUCGGCCUACCCCCAGUCCCCUCCCCCAAUCGUCGUCCCACACUACCCAAGACACUUCAGCGUGUCAGGACCUGGUUCCAGCAUCCCACACCACACUGCCCACUAUCAGUACUCCAGAAGCUACAGCAGCGACGAGAAGAACAAUUACAAAAGAGAACCCGAGCAGCAGCCACAAUUUCAAGACCUCAAGUCUGUCUCGACUAUUAACCCGAUAUCGUACUGGGAGAUGCAAGAUAGAAUGAACAAAACAACUGUGGACCAAGUGGACCCGUACCAUCUCCUCACCGAGCCUUACGUCCAAUUCGAGGAUGUAAGCACGGAUCCCAGUGUUUAUGAGAGCCAGAUAACACAAGACGGGCCAGAACACCAGAGCUUCUGCAGUCAAGGUGGAAGAGAGAGGCCUGCAGAUAUAGUAGUACCUCAACUGAGCGAUUCUGAGCUACAAGACGAUUCUACGAUUGUCACGGAGACUGACCUGGGUCCCCCUAUGCCGAUAUUCCCGUCAGCUGACUGCUCCUCCCCCUUCACGGCAACACUGGUUGCUUCAUCGUCCACUAGUGGCAGCUCUACCCCAAAGACUCCAAACGUGUUUGCUCUAGUAGCCUCACAACACCAAUUUGAUGUUUAGACACAAUCACCAUUUUGCACUUAUCAUAUCAUUCACUUUUUAUAUUCAAUUUGCUGCAUGUUUUAAUCAACAGUUAAUGUGCCUACUAAAGAGAUACAUGAAUUCAAACUACCGAUCACUAAUUAAUAUUUCUUAUACACUUACAAUUCUUUUCUUUAUACCAAAUGGCUCAAUAUUACUUGUACUAACGUGCUAUUUAUGUGAACUAUACUUAACUUG